CAAACUUUGCAAAGAUGAAUAUAUUUCAAGAAAUAACAUUUGUAUUAAAUGAUUAGUGGCUUCCUACCUACCUAUGACCGAAUCACAGCCGUUCUGAUAUUCAGCAAAUCACUCCCUCUCGUGUGAUAUUGCGUAGUUAAGUGAUUUCUUAAGUAUAAAAAUAAGAUAGGAAGAAAACCUUUAAAUACAUCAGUGAACAUUUCAAGGAAACUUUAAAUCAGACUUUAAGAAAAAGCUUAACCGGCCCAAAAACAGCCUCCACACCAGUUGGCGGCGGUAAUGCUAAUAUUCGCCAGCCGCCAUUAAACCUCGAAGAAGAAGAAGACGAAGAAGAAGACGAAGAAGAAGAAGACGAAGAAGAAGAAGACGACGACGACGAGGAAGAAGAUGAAACAGGAAGAUGAAGGCAGCAGCAGCAGCAAGUGAAGACGCAUCGUAGGUUCUAUGCUCCGAUUAAGGACCUCUGAAGAAGAAGAGAGUAGUUGUGAAAUUUCUCAGCUAAGACAAACAGUGUUACAAAACAAUGACAGACUCCUUGAUGAGAUGCUCUGCCAAGAAAUCUACAAGAAGGUCAUCAACUGCAGAGGUGGUUGGGGCAUUGCAGGCACGCCUCUGCACGCUGCAGUGUCUAAAGGCCAUCUCAGCUGUCUGCAGGUCCUGCUAGCCCACGGAGCCUUGGUAGACUGCGUGGAUGUCAAGGCUCAGACGCCUCUCUUUGCAGCUGUUCGUGGGAAAUACCUGGACUGUGUCUUAGCGCUCCUAGGAGCAGGCGCCAACCCCAACGGGAACUCAUCCAACAACUGCUCCCCUGUACUUAAUGCUGCUCGGGAGGGUGAUGUGGAGAUAUUAAAGCAACUGCUUAAACAUGGUGCAGAGGUGAACUCUCGCUCCAAAGUCUUGCUCUGGACCUCCAGUGCCAGGGUGUCGAGCGGGCCGCUGUACCUGGCUGCUGUUUACGGACACAUGGAGUGUUUCAAACUGCUGCUCCUCUACGGGGCGGACCCAGAUUACAACUGCACAGAUGCAAAGCUGCUGAGUUCUAUCAAGCAGCCUAAAACUGUGCUGGAGAUGUGCCUCAGGCAUGGCUGUGGCGUGGAGUAUAUCCAGCUUCUGAUCGACUUCGGUGCAAACGUCUACCUUCCUACGCUGAUCAUCGAGAAGUCCACGAAGCAGAACGAGGCUGUGGAGCUGCUUCUCGAGGAAAGAGGAAAUCCAAAAGCCUUGACCUCACAGUGCCGACUCGCUGUCAGAAGAUACCUCAAAAAGAUCGACAAGAUCCACUGUAUCGACCAGCUGGAGAUGCCAACAAGUCUCAUUAACUUCCUGCAAUACAAACCUGUCCCAGCCACAGUUCUGUAGCUACGUGAGAUGGAGGCGUGUUUAUGUCAAUUCAUUUUUAUUUCAGCUACAGCUUUUGUUUUAUUUGCAGCUUAUGGACCACCUUUUGUCUUUUCUUUCUUCAAUGACUUGUUGUUGUCAUGCGUUGUUUUGUUAAGACUGAUAAGUCAAAAUAUUAAAUGUGAGGACAAAUAGUG